ACGUGAAACCAUGCAGGGCUCGCACGUCUCUCCAUGACGAGCGAUGAACAAAAAUUAGCGAAACCAACUCAAGGCAAACAGCGCACAUUUACCCAGGACCUCGCGCUGCUUCGCGGAGGCUCUGCGGACUGUGAAGCGCUUUGACGGGGCUGCCUCGCCUUUCCAGGUCGGUCGGUCUGUCGGUUGGUGGGUCGGACCCUGGCUGCUACGAUGUGCGUCCGCUGCUUCACGAAGCUCCGUCGGGAAAGUGAAUCUUUCACCGGAUGAUGGACAGGAACUACCCGACCUCCAGCUUUGCGGACGCGCUGGCUGCUCCAGCACAGACCGUAGCUUCUUGGGCCUAUGACCGCAGCACGGCUAGUGUCAAGCCAAGUCCCAGUUAUGGUGCAGCACAACUUGAUUCAGAGCUCCUCCAGCGGCAAAGCUACACGCCAACCCACCAGCUUCCAACAUACACUACAUCACAACUUCCUGCUGCAGCAGGAGCACUUGACUCAAGCAGUAAUACUUCUGAGACCUCAAUCAUGAGCUUCCUGUCAGCCAUGGAGUCUAGAAGCCUUCAGGCUGGUCCUGUUAGUGCCUCACUGCUUCCCCCUUUUAGACCUCCUUCAUGGCCUUCUGGUACAAACGCCUCCAGCACAGAGCUGUAUUUGACUGGUGCCCUGCCUUCUACUGCCACUUUCCCCUCUCCUGCUGCUCUUUCGUCAUAUCAGCACACUGGUGCCUACCCUUCCAGGAGUUAUGCCACCAACCCUUCCUUGGCCCUCCCAGAUCCAGCCUUCAGCACUUCCACAAAUGGCCUGUUUUCGCACCACGACCCCCUCCUCCAUCUCAAAUCGAGCCAGACUGUGCUCCCCACUGCACUGGCCUUUAAUCAUCUCUCUGCUCCUGCUUUGGGCUCAACUCUGCCAGUCCAGUCCUCCACUUACCGCUCAGCCCAGGAGUCAGCCCCCCACCUAUUACAACCCCAGUUCAGCCUGCUACCCUCUGCCCUUCCUGCUCCUCACAGUACUCCACAACCAUAUGGGGCCACGGUUUUCUCAGGCUCCAUUGAACGAGCUCUUCAGCGUGAAUGUAGUGUGAUUAAACACCACCAGAGGCCUUCUAGCAGCCACACAGCCUCAGAGCAGUUGCCCAGUUCAGAGCACUCCUUACAGGGAUACUUUGGCUCUGGCAAUGAGGCGGAUGUGUCCUAUGAGCAGGACCCUUCCCGUCAGACCCAAGUGUCCUGCAGCCCCUCCACAGGUACGGAUUCUUCUCAAGGGGUCAGUCAUGCUCCACAACCCAAAACAGAGUCAGUAACUCAAGCGUAUUCGUCCACUUCUUUGCCAAAGGCUAAAGACUGUUCUUCCAAGCUAGCUCAGCACACGGUUGGGGAUGAAGAGAGUCACAAACACUCUCAGAGCCUUACAGCGGGGUCUCCAGAGCAUUAUACCCCCCCAGGUCAAAAACAGAAUUCAGUAAUUGCCAAUCAGCAGUCAGUCCAGCUCUCCAGCCUUAUGUCCAGUAGUCUAGCUCAAACCUACAUCAGCCCCCACACCCAGUCUCAGAACUCCAACUCCACCACAGACAAAAUCUCCCCACUUUACAAGACUCUGCCUUCGCUCUCCAGCCAGUCUGACAGUGUUGCAUCCGUAAGUCAGACUCUUGUUUACUCCCCCAGCUCUGGACUGAGCCAGGAGCAGGAGAUCCAGUAUGGAGCCCAGGUCCAGGGCCUGUGUCAGGGGAAUCUCUCUGAGAGCUACCCCUCAUCCAACUCUCAGGGCACCCAAAAUGUGACUUUUACAUCCCACUCACAGGGACAAGCUUCAGUAACUCGCUCACAGAGCUACGCAACAGGACAAUCCCUUAACCAAUCGUUAAACUCAUCGUACCCAUCCACAUGUGUGCGAAGUCUUCCCUCACCAAAUGCUACACAGGACUACUCCCUCAUGCAGGACUCAAUGGGAGGUAAAACACAUGACACCUUGUCCCAGCAGCAGACAAUUUUACCUACAUACUCGUCAACUGCUCAAACCUUACAAAUCAAUGCCAGGUCCUCAAUCCAGGACAUUAAGCUGACAUACAGUAAAGACAAGCUUGAAGAGCUUCCCAUCCAGGAUCUAGAUGCUCUCCAGCAGGCAUCCCUGGAAGCGUCUGCUGCAGCUAGCAGCAUGUCUGCUCAUAACAAUGUCAUCUAUGUUGUUUCAAAAAUGGAUGAUCAACACAAAACACAAAGUGUCAUCAGAAGCAAUUCACGUUCUGAUGACCAGCUCAUGGGACUGAGCCACGCAAACACAGCACAGCUGAAGGAUGAAAGGAUUGGUUCUUCUAGCCAACAGGCCGUUCAUCUCAGCAGCGCUAAUGGUCAUGUUACAAGCAACACCAAAACUGCAAACUCCAGUAUUAUAGCAUCACACGAGCAGCUCAAGCAACACCCGCUCCAACUCAAAUCUCCUGAGCCACAUCAACAGAACCACCAGAAUCAUAGUCAGUCUCAAUCCACAGCCCCCCACACGCAGUUUAUUACCGUCCCCAGCACUCAGGUUCUCCUCGAGCAUAACCAGAUGAUUUUGCUCCAGCAGCCCCUCGCCCAUCAUCAGAACACUUCUAAGGUGCUAUCAGUGCAAGGUAUCCCAACGGGACAAGAUUUGGGUCCUGUUCAUGUUCAGUAUCUUCAGAUGGAUCGAGAACUGCUUGGCUCCAGCGUCACUGAGGCCCAGAGUCAGCAGGGCACAGUAGUGUCUGAACAGAGCUCAGCAUGCACUGAUGCCUCCAAGCACCACUACAACCAGUCCACAAACCAGCCAAGUGAUGCCAAGAACCACUUUGCUCUCAACUCUAUUUGCUUCCCUGACUCUAUGCUACUCGGUGAUGACAGAAAUAUUUUGUCAAAUGUUGAUGACAUUCUCGCUGCCACCGUGGCGGCCUGUGGUGUCACACCUCAAGACUUUGUCAAAGCUACAUCUUCUGCUGAGGCUGACAUGGCAGCAAUGUCAAGUCCAGUUGAUUCUAAAAGCCACUUCCAGACAGUGGAUAUAAGGCACAUGUCGCCAAGUUUCAGCAACACUAACUCUCACACCAUGGCCAUGACACUAAAUGGAACUCAGAUGGCCUCAGACUGUCAGGCUCAGUCUGUCCACCACAACAACAGUUCUGACAUUAAUACAAACGGAGAUGGAGGGAGCGCCGAGAACGACUAUCACUUAGCUGGGCAGGUGUUUGACCCCUCAGGUCUCCAGAGUAGAAUCAAAGGGAAUGUAAAAUGUAUUAAAACAGAGGAUGGUCUCAUGGACAGCCCAGGAGGUGAAGACUUUCCAAAAAAGAAGGCUCGCUCUAAAUCCUUGACCAAACCAGGCGGCCCUGAGGAAGAUAAUGCACAGGCAAGAGCAUCAAAGCGUAGCGGGCAGGCAAAGCGACAGAACUCUAGGGGUAGUGACGUCAGCUCCCCGUCUUCCACACAGAAUGUAUACGAUGGUUGUCCACAGCAGGAAAGGAUCAGGCAGAAGAUCCGUGAGGUGGAAGAGAAACAGCCAGAGGUCAAAACUGGAUUCAUAGGCUCAUUCCUCGACUUCAUUAAAUCUGGUCCCAAACAGCAAUACUCCCCAAGUCCUACACGAACCAUAAGUCGCCCAAGAAAACCCUGUCCCUCAGUCAAACCACCGCUGUGUUCUCUGCCAUCUUUUCCUCCCAAAGUGCAGAGUCUGCCAGGACCUUUGAUUCCCCAGGAGAGUCAAGGAGUGAGCUCCCAGCAGAAACGCCUGGAUGAAGAUUUGCAGAAAAACUUAGAGACUCUGCCAUCAUUUAGUUCAGAUGAAGAGGAGAACACUGGGAAGAACCAGGCCCUGAGAAACAGUAUCACAUCAGCACUGUCAGCCUUGGAUGAGGCCACAGACCGGAAGACCAGGACAGAUAACCAAAUUCCUGCUCCAGUGAUGAAGCCACAACCGGCUCCCACCAUUUCUCUCCCUGUCCUUGAGACCCGUUUGCUACAGGUCGCUCCUCCUCCACAGACAAUAAAUGCUGUGCCAAGAGGGACUACCUUUGUCUCCAGUAAGGAGUCCAAAGAGACCCCUCCAGGCCAGUUGGCUGUAAAGCUGAUGAGUGUGGCCAUUGAGGGGUUGACUGAUGAGGAGCUGUCUGACAGCGGAGGGGAGGGGAUGUACAGAGAGAGGGACGAGUUUGUCGUCAGGAAUGAAGACAUUGAAAGCUUAAAGGUGACCAUGAGAGCGGGUAGUGAGCCUCCAGCCAUCUGGAAAGUCCAGAAAGCUCUGCUGCAGAAGUUUGUGCCUGAGUUGAGGGAUGGAAAGAGAGUCUUCUCAGCUACAAACAGUUAUCUUGGGUAUUUUGGUGAUGCUAAGACCAUGUACCAGAGGGUCUAUGUGAAGUUCUUGGACACGGUUAAUAAAAGAGAGUAUGUUCGAGUUUGUAGUCGGAAGCCACGCUGCAAGCCUAUGAAUUCACUAAGGGGUGUUCAAGUGAAAACUCUGCUGGGCCUUACAGCCGCCCCUUCCUCAGGCUCCCCAAGCCAAAAGCCUCGACCCAAACAGCUCAAACCCCGGGCAGAACCUCCUCCUAAGAAGAGGAGGAAGUGGAAGGAGGAGUUUUCACCCACUGCCUCGGGAUCAUCUGAAGAAGGUGGUGAAGAUGAUGAUUUAAACCCUCCAGUUCCAUUUGCUUCACGGCUCCUCAACACACGAACCAUGAAGGAGACGUUCAAGAGCUUUGUGGAGCUGCUCAUUGGCAUAGUUUUAGAUGAAGAUGUCAUUACAGCGCUUGAAAAAGCAAACGAUGAGUUGCUGCUGCCACAUAUGAGAAAAGUGGAUGGGAUGAUCACAGACAACAGGAAACGUCUGCUUCACAAACUGCACAUAGGGCAGGUCCUAAAGACGGCUCUCGACAGCUUCCCAGAGAUCUCAGUGGUGACUGAGCUGAAGAAGGAUGGGGAAACUCCAGCCUUUAAAGUCCGUCUCAGUGGAAAGGCGUACAACAAGAAAACCAUGAAACCUUACAAGAUGCCUAACAAAGUGCCUCAGGAGUAUACAGUGGACCAGCAGAAGACGCAGUGGUUCUCUCUGUACCACUCUUUGCAGCACUACAAGUACCACACAUACCUCAUGUGUAAGGAUGAGAUCGCAUCCCUGCGUCUGCAGGUCGGGGACCUGGGGCAGGAGGAGACGGUACAGAAGUGUCUGCAGAACGCGGCAUGGGUGGAAGGGCUCUUUGAUCGCUUUGGAGAGCUGAUCAAUCAAGUGCAGCAGGCCUGCCGAUGAUCCAGCUUUGAUGAGCUUGGUUUAAAAGCAAACAAACUGAAAACAGCCUAAAAUGAGGAUUUUCAGCAGAGAAGGAUUGAGUGAGCAUCUCCUUCCAGCCACAGAGAGAUUUGAUCAGGGACUUGUCAGAUGAUUUGCCUGAGAGACACCGGAUGGCUUGUGGUGUGAAGAGGUAACAGGUGAAGAGCAGGACAGUUUCUGAUCUCUGCAGAAACUUGAUGAACUGAGGACAUGAACAUUGUGGAAUCAUUUUGGGAGACUUCCAAUUCAUGCCUCUCCUAGUCUUUGUAGGUUUUUAUAGUGCAAGCCCACUUUUUAAGGGCCUUUUCAUAGAUUUAUAUUGUUUUUUUUUUGUUUUUUUUGUUUUUUUUUUAUCUUUUCUGUUGUUUAUAGAGAAAUGCCAGAUAAUAACCAGUGAGUAUGCACUAGAUAGAGAGCAAUCAGUAUAGAAAGUAGAGCACAUCAAAUAAAAAUACAAAAUUCUGAUUAUCUGAAGUUUUAACAAGCUUUCAUCAAUCAUUUGAAAAGUAUGCUCAUACAGAGAGGUUGAUUUAUUGUAUAAAAAAACAACAACUAUAUAUUAUAUAUAACCAUGCUGUUUUUAAAAGAUCCAUUUUUGUAAUGGAGCACAAACUUAUAUAUACUGUAAAUUUUGUAUAAAAGAACAGGAAGGUGGGAACUACAGCAACUCUUUUAGUAACUACCAUAUUUUAUGUAUACUCUAGUUCACAUUUUUGACACCCCUUUGCUUUCAAAAUAGAAGUCAGUGCCGAUCCAGGACUGCUUUUUAUGGACUUUGAUAAUCAAAUAUUACCUUGACUUAUCAGCAGGUAAAAUGAAAUGAAUAAAACUUGUCUUUAUACUCCUUUACAGAUGUAGCCACAUUUUAUGACUGAUAGACAUAUAUUUUUCUCAGAAGUUGAUAUGAUGCUAUUUGAUCAUUACAAUUUUGGAGACACUUUUACAUUGCUUUUUCAUGGUCUUCCUUACAGGACUUUUCAGAAGCUGGUUAUCAACUUUAUGCUUUCAUAAACAAUCUUGUUCAUUAAAGAUGCAGUUUGUAAAUAAAGAGCCGCAUGUAUUA